AUGUCUUAUAAACUGAAAUCAAAUAAUAUUAAACAAGCUGCUGCCGCCCGUUUCUUUCAAAAACCUUCUAGUACCCAAGGGUUUAACUAUAUCUAUAUUCCCACAAAAGCACGAAUCCCUGUUGGAAAACUUCGUACUACCCUCAGACGCUUAGGCAUUCCCAACGUACGACUUUUGGAUAUCCAUUAUCCCGCCAGAAAUCUCGUUGCUAUCUUAGUACAUAUGGAUUAUGUUUCUGAAUUCAAAUCAACUCUUCAACAACGUGGCGUAACUGUCGACGAAGACUUUGACCCUUUCAAUGGCAAAACUAUCAUGGACCCGAAAUACAAGGAUCACACUGAUUUCCAGUGUGAUCAGAUAGCCUCCUUCAUACAUAAACGCAGACUUGAAACCGCCUUGCAACAUAUUCGUGAACCAGUAAAAUUCGCCGUUGCCCGAUAUUUCUUUCAACAGCACUGGAUCUCGAAAGCAGUCUUUGACCAAACAAUGGCUUCCCGAUCGUCCCGGCCUACUGAUAUAUUUAUUUCGGGAAUCUCUCAACCUACCCAACAACGCGCUUCAUACACCUUUGACUUUGGUUACGAAGACAACCUUAUCGCACCAUCUGGUCUUCCCCAAGACAAGAACACAUGGAUGACAGAAAUCUAA